AUGGACAAACAGGCGGAAAGAGGCCAGAGCGCGGGUCCGGUGAAAACACCGCAAGGGACACAACCCCCGGCGCACAACUACACAUACCACACCAACGCGGCACAGAGGGCCGUGUAUGAUUACCUGAAGAAUGUGAAGCCCAUUCCAGAGCUUGCGGAACCAAAAACAUAUAAAACAUAUGAGGAAGCAUCUGUAGAAGCGGUAUUGUACCCCAUCAUUGAAAAGCACCAGGUGAUCAUGGUAGCCGGAGCAUUCUUUGGCGAUGAAGGAAAAGGAAAGACGGUCAACGCUGUCGCGAACCACCCAGGUUGUACAUUUAUUGCACGUGUGAACAGCGGUGAAAAUGCCGGUCAUACAGUGUACGAUGACGCAGGACGCAAGUUUGUUUUUAAUCUCGCUCCCUCUGGAUUGCUUUCAAAAGGAAAACGUAAUUAUGUGGGCCCGGAAUGUGUUAUGGAUCCCAUCAGUUUUAUGGAAAAUGAGGUGAAACAACUGAUUGAGGCGAAUGUUCCGUAUAAAGAGCAGUUAUUUAUUGGCAACGUCAGUAUUGUUACACCUUAUCACAAGUUACUUGACCUGCUUGCUUCAGCGCCCAAUUCCUCGACACUGAAGGGCAUGGCACCCAUUCACGCAUCCAAAGUGACAAAACGUGGUAUUCGUCUGGAUCACAUUUUCAAUGACCAGUCUGUGCUCCGCUCGCGCCUCAGGAAGGACAUAGACACGUACUUUGGCUUUUUGAAGGUCAAGGGUCUGUCGGAUGCAGACGUUUUGCGACGCUGCGAGAAAGAGAACGGUGACGGUGUGGUGCGAGUACCACCCUAUGUGGUGGAAUUUGUGCAGGCCGAGGACAAGGUGGAGUACCUGGUCAAACUGUACAUGGAUCGUGUGAGGAACAACAAGAAUUUUCCAGCUCGGUGUGAUGUGGCACAUGAGUUGCGCUCUGCGCUGUCGCGUGGUGAGAAGGUCAUGUUGGAAGGACCACAGUCUUAUUGGUUGAGUAAUGCCCGUGAAAAAUUCUGGGAGAGCACUACUUCUGCGGACACAACGGCGUCUGGUCUGUUGGCCACGGCACAAUACAACUUUCAACUUUACAGCUCCGUGGUGAUUAAUGUACACAAGGCGCCGGGGAGCAGCCGUGUUGGAGUUGGGGCUAACCCCAGCAGCUUCGUUGCACAGGACUAUUUUUCCGCAACAGGUGUGAAGACGCUACGAGAUCUUCCUGAAAACAUGUGCGUGGACUUUGACAGCAUUCAGAAACUGUUCUUUACCAAGGCAUUUCACCCGGAGACUAAAGAGUACAACGGUAUCUGGGAGCCGUUGGAGUUUGAGGACUCCACUGGCAAAUAUAACAUUGGCGUUGCCAUGGCCGUCGCUUCUUCGCGUCAACAUGGCGAAUGUGGUGCGGUGACGAAGAAGCCUCGUGUGUGCGGAUUUUUUGACUGUGUGCUGCAAUACGAGGUGAACGCGGUCCAGGGGCCGUACCUCUCCAUCUCCGCACUCGAUCGUGGUGACGAUUACGAUAAGCUCGGUGUUACUAUCGCAUACGUGUACUACAACGGCAAGAACGACGAGGUGCUGAACAUCAACGGCCGCGAGUACAAGAACGGCGACAUCAUUAAAGCCGGUGAGGCGGUGCCAGGGGAGGUUGCACUGUAUUACUGCCACCCCAUUGUGAAGCUCAUUAAUGGAUGGAAACAAACCCCCAUUGCCGCUUCCAAGCGUAAACCCGGCGAUCCGCUGCCACGAGGCGUCUGCGAAUUCCUCAGCACGGUCGAGUACUUUACCAAAGCGAAGAUCAUCUCCAUCGGCAACGGGCCAAGGGGAAAGGACAUCAUAUAUAUUAAGCAGUAA